AUGGUCGAAGGCCCGAUUGAGUGCGUUGAUGUGAGCGAAUUCCGUCCAGAGGAGAAGGAGGCUGCCGAGUUUCGCAACUAUGUUGACAGCCCGCGCAUCGCCAUUGUGCGCGAAACGUACCGUCUCAUGCACGAGAACCAAUCGGUCGAGUUUGUGCAAGGGCAGCGUGCCAAGUGGUGCCGCUUUGAUCACUGUGAAAUGACUAUCAUGGAGGCCCUGGAUGAACUCAACAAGCUGAUUGACGAUUCGGACCCCGACGUGGAUAUUCCCAACAUUGUCCACGCUUUUCAAACGGCUGAGCGCUUGCGCCAGCACCAUCCGGGGAAGGAUUGGCUGCACCUGACUGGACUGAUUCAUGAUCUGGGCAAAGUCAUGGCGCUGUGGGGCGAGCCGCAAUGGGCCGUGGUGGGGGAUACGUACCCCGUGGGCUGCGCUGCAGACAGCUCGAUUGUAUUCGCUGAACAAUGUGCCAAGGGUCCGGAUGCUCAGGACCAGCGCUACAACACGCAACUGGGCAUGUACGAGCGCAACUGUGGUCUCGACAACGUGCUCAUGAGCUGGGGCCACGACGAGUACCUUUAUCAGGUUUUGAAGCACAACAAGUGCACGAUUCCCGACGAGGGCAUGGCCAUGAUUCGUUUCCACUCUUUCUACCCCUGGCACACAGGCAAUGCCUACGGCCAUCUCACCAACAGCAAGGAUGAAGCCAUGCUUCCCUGGGUGCGCGAGAUGAACAAGUUUGAUCUGUACAGCAAGGACAGCUGCAUGCCUGAUAUCGAGGCUCUGAUCCCUUACUAUCAAGGCUUGAUUGACAAGUAUUGUCCUGGCAAUUUGGAAUGGUAG